AUGGAAGAGAGAGUUGGGACCCCAGCUGGUGCUGAGGCCAGAGUGGUAAGUGCCACACUGACAUGGCGCCAACGGCCUCCUGUCCAGGAAGAGACCAGACACCGAUUUCACAAAGUUUCCCUGGUGUCGGGUGCUCGGAUGGAAACCCCUCAGGGGAACAUGUUGGAGCAUAGCUUCCGGAGAGAAGUCAAUGGCUUUGUUAAGAAAGAAGAGGAGACUAUAAAUUGCCAGGGUCCUGGGGAGGAGCCUGGAUCUACGAAUUUUCAAAGCCAUGGGCCCAUCUUUUCCAAGAAAUAUAUUCCACCUCCCAAGGAGAAAAGGCCAGUGGUGAGGAUACAGGAGGCUGUGGAUUGGGGUGAUGGUGGCCCCCAGGCUCCCAGGACUGAACCACCAGGCGUGGGAUCUAUGGCUAGGACUGAACUAUUGGUGCCCUUGCCCGGGCCACGUGAGCCGAGUCCCCAUCCCAGUGUGGGUGUCACGAGCGUAGGUUCAAGGAACCGUGAGGAAUGGCGCGUGACUCGCACAGUGAGGACCACCACCACCACUACGGUGGUAGGAGGGCAAGUGGACCGCCGAGUGAGCAGCUCUGUGAAUGUGGGGCCCUCGAUGUCAGGCGAGACCCUGCCGAGGGGCCGCAACAUGACCCGAACCAUUCGGGCAGUGGUGGUGAACCCGAGAGCCGAGGACGCACCCAGCCGCAGCCAGGCCCUGGAACUGCUAAGCAACCUCGUACCGGCUGAGCGCAGCCCUCCUGCCAGCCGGAUCCCAAGGCUCACCGGACUUACCUCAAGGGGCUCAGCCCUAGGUGGCACAGUGGGAACAACCCUGGGACAGCCACUUGAGACUAGCACAACCGAACUGAAGAACAGCCCAAGCCUGACCCCAGGAGGCAUCUCCAUGGUCGAUCAUCGCACUCAGAACCUAGAUGUUCCUGUAGCCCACCCAGCCCAAGACCAAGGCAGCGUCUCAGAUGCCAGAGCUGGGGAAUCUUCAAGGCUGCAGGAAGCCUCCAGUCCUGUCCUGCUCCCCAACGAGACUUCUCAUAACCACCUGCCAACACCCUCUUCUCCCAAGCCUCAGACCCGUGCCUCCUCCCUGGUGCAUCCUCCAGAGCAACCAGUGGUAUCCACACACCUCAAAGCCCAGCCCAUGCCUCAUUUCCCGCCCUCUGUGGAAGAGAAGCUUACAGGUCUCCCCACGGACCCUGUUCUGCCUGUGGCGAAGGGCGGGGUUACAGUUCCUGAGCAGCCCCCUAGCCCAUCCUCUGUAAGGAGGAAAGCUGUUCCUAGUCCCCAAGGCCUUUCUGCUCCGGCUUCACCAAAGAAUAAGUUUGUUCAGGACCCUGAAAAUGUGCCUGUUUCUGUUCUUACUCAGAAAGAGGUAUUUCCGGGCCCUAGUGUUCCUGCCCACUCCCACACCCCCAAAGAGGUUGCAAAGGCCCCUGCUGCUUCCACUGCCUCAUCCUCCAGUUCAGCCAAGGUUGUCCAGGGUGUAGAAGGAGGUGCUUCCAUCGAGAAGGAGGAUGGCCAGGACGCUUUAGAUAGCCCUUCCCAUCCCCUUCCUUGGAAAGAGACAGCUGAAGGCCCCACUGCCCCGAUGCCCCAGACCCCCAAACAGGGUGAAAUUGUCCAGGAUUCUCAAGGGAACUCUUCCUCAUCACCUACCCCAAAUGAAGGCCCUGCCAGGCCCCUGGCUCCAUCUUCUUCAGAGGCCAAAGUGUCCCUCAGUCUAGAAGGCUCUCCUGCCUCAAAGCUGGUGGGAACAAAGGCCAGCAUGGAGUCGCAGUUCGCCCCAGGCCCCACUGAGGGGAGUGCCACCGCAGAGCCAUCUAGGGAGGAGGAUGAAGCAGCCCUGACUGCUGACCUGGAGAUUUUCCUGGAUACCUUGCGGAGCAUGGAGCCCCCUGAGAUCCUCCGAACUCACCGACUGCCCCGAGCUCCCCGCUCCUCCUACCUGGCCAUGUAUGCCACACUGCCUGCCAUUGAGGAGGAUCAGCUGAGCCCAUCCAUUCCAAGACCCAGUCCCCAGGAGGAACCUGCCCUGGAAGAGGAGGAGGAGCUGGAGAACCCUUACCUGAGCGAUGAUGAGAAACUCCAGCGCAGGCAGGAGAAAGCAGGGCCCAGCCCCGCCCUGGAUGCCGACCCACCCAAGCCUGCUAAGGUCUCCUGCUCGCCUCUGGAGAUGAUGAAGAGGCAUACAGCAGAUCAAGGUCCCGGACCUCAGCCCAGCAACCGGCCUACUUCCCGCCUUGGAGGCAGCCUUCUCUUUGGCAGUCUGGUGCCAGCCAACAAGGACAUCCCUACCCUGGAACCACUAGGUUCAAAAUUAUCUGCUCUGCCACCCCAUGGAGCUCCAGGGGUCAGGAAGGUACCUGGACAGUUACCCCUGCUCUGCAGCGGAAGGCCACCACCAGAGAAGCCAGCACCUUCCCAACCCAUGGAAGGGUGGAGUCCAGCACUGAAGACUCAGGGCAAGCUGAACACCAGGCCUGGGAAGGUGAUGCUCUUCUCAGAGCCUGGCUGCCAGGGCAGAAGCAGGGAAAUCUGGGGAGACACUGCAGAUACCUCAGGCUGGACCCCUGUUGCCUCCGUGAGGGUGGUGCGAGGCUGUUGGAUACUAUACGAACAGCCGGAGUUCCAAGGCCAGAAGGUGGUUCUUCCUGAAGGGGAUGUGGACAUCAGCACCCUGGCAUCCACUUGGAGUACCCAAGGCAUCGGCUCCUUGAGGAGGGCUGUGUGGGACUACCGCACCCCGGGGAUCAGCCUGUUCUCUGAGGAGGGCCUCAAGGGCAACCAAGUGAUGCUGACAGGGGACUUGAAAGACUCUCAAGGUCUAGAGAGACCCCUACAGGUGGCAUCUGCCACUGUCUCUGCAGGACUGUGGCUGUUAUACCCCAAACCAUUCUUUGAAGACACUCCCUAUAUCCUAGAGCCUGGAGAAUACCCUACCUUGGAAGCCUGGGGUACAUCAGGCCCCAGUGUAGGUUCACUAAAGCCCAUGAAACUGGGCUGCCCGAGUGUGGAGAAGCCAGGGGAGCCCAAGGCUGUGGUAUAUGAGGCCCCAGAUUUUCAGGGGCAGAGCUGGGAAGUGAGCAGAGACAUCUACAACCUUCGGCAGCCAGAGGAUAGCCGGAGCCCCCAGCUGACCUCUGUGGGGUCCCUGCGGAUCCUUGGGGGCUGCUGGGUAGGCUACGAGAAGGAGGGCUUCCGGGGCCACCAGUACCUGCUGGAAGAGGGCGAAUAUGCUGACUGGUCACAUUGGGGAGGCUAUGAUGAGUUCCUGACUUCCCUGCGGGUCAUCCGGACGGACUUUGGAGACCCGGCCGUGGUGCUGUUUGAGGACACGGACUUCCAGGGGCACUACGUGGAGGUGAGUUCCGCUAUGCCAGACGUGGAGCUAGCUCAGCACGGACCCAGCACGCAAGCCAUCCACGUGCUCAGCGGCGUGUGGGUGGCCUACGAGCAGGUGGGCUUCUCCGGUGAACAGUACAUCCUGGAGAAGGGUGUGUACCGCAACUGCGACGACUGGGGCUCCGGUAACAGCGCCCUUGGCUCCCUUCAACCCGUUGUGCAGGUUGGAGAGAGCGAUCUUCAUUUCGUCUCGAAGAUUCAGCUUUUCUCAGGCCCCAACUUCCUGGGCGACCACAUUUCCUUUGAGGAUGACCAGGCCUCUCUGCCCGCUUCUUUCCAUCCUCAGUCGUGCCGGGUCCAUGGUGGCAGCUGGGUCCUGUUUGAGGAGAAGAACUUUGAGGCCGACCAGCACAUUGUGUCAGAGGGAGAGUUCCCCACUCUCACAGCUAUGGGCUGCCUGGCCUCCACGGUCCUGGGCUCUCUCCAGAAGGUUCCCUUGCACUUUUCAGAGCCUUCCCUGUCCCUCUUCGGCCUGGAGUGCUUCGAGGGCAAGGAGAUCGAGUUGACCGGGGAGGUGCGAAGCCUACAGGCCCAGGGCUUCAACAACCACGUGCUGUCUGUGCGCGUCAAGGGUGGCGUCUGGGUGGUGUGUGAGCACAGUGACUUCCGGGGACGACAGUGGCUAGUAAGUAGCUGCGAGAUCACCAACUGGCUGACCUACAGCGGCACCCAGAGGGUGGGCUCCCUCUACCCCAUCAAACAGCGCCGAGCCUACUUCCGCCUCUGGAAUGCGGCGCUAGGGGGGUUCCUGGCAGUGCCUGAUCGCGUGGAGGACAUGAAAGCAGGCCGUGUGGUGGUCUCUGAGCCCCGAGCUGGGGGCAGCUGCGUCUGGUACUAUGAAGAGGGACUGCUGAAGAACCAGGUGGCCCCCACCAUGAGCCUACAGGUGAUUGGACCUCCAAGCCCAGGCUCCAAAGUAGUACUUUGGGCCGAGAGCCGCCUACCACGCCAAACUUGGAGCAUCAGUGAAUUGGGGCACAUCUGCAGCCAGAUGUUUGAAGGCCAGAUCCUCGACGUGAAAGGCGGCCGAGGUUAUGACCGGGACCACGUGGUGCUGUGGGAACCAACCAAGGACAGGCCUUCCCAGAUCUGGACUGUCUAUGUACUUUGAACCAGUUUCACCCCGUUUCCUGCCGGAAGCUUUUGUUGGAAUGAAAUGUUUUUUUAUAGAUC